CAGACUGCGCCAUACUGUUAUGAACAAUAGGUGCCGCCAGGGCCUAUACGUCUUGAGCGGAAGAAAUACGCCCGCGUACCCAGGUGGGUCCGAGCACACAUGACAGGGGCAGCUAGUAACUAACGUUAGCUAGCAAAAUAAAAUAAGAAUAUUAGUCAGCUAUCUAGCUUAUCGACCAUGGAGGACCUACCUGCAGAUAUCAAAGCUUUCCUUCUGAAUCACCCAUUUUUUGAACUUACGGACGACGGCAAAAAGAUCAAAUGCGUACUCAAUGGACAUGAUUGUCCUUGCAACCUCACAGAGCUCCAGAACUUCACCAAAGGGAAGAAAUAUCAGAAAAUGAGUUCUACUGCAGAGUUCAACUAUAGUCAAUAUGAACCACAUGUUGUGCCCAGCUCGAAGCAACCCAAUCAUCUCUUCUGCAAGUUGACACUCAGACACAUUAAUCGCUUGCCACACCACGUCUUACGGCAUGUCAAUGGGAAGCGGUUCCAAAAAGCGAAGAAGAAAUAUGAAGAGUGUGUACAACAGGGGGUGAAGUACAUGCCAGCCUGCCUCCAACAGAAGAAGCCCAGAGAUGGGGAGAGGGGGCGCAACAUCCAGCGGGGGAAUGGAGCGUGGGCUCCUGACUCAAGCGACGAGGGUGGCAGCGACUCAGAGGACAGCAUGAGUGACCUGUACCCAUCCACUUUAUUCUCUCUGAAAAAGGAGACGGAACAGGGUAUGGAGGCGGAAAAAGAUGACAUUCAAACUGAUGAUGAGAUGGAGAUUGAUAAACAGGCGCCACAGAAACGCAAGAAGGUUCAGGCUGGUGGUUUACAGAAGAAAUUCAAGAAUCAUUACUGUAAAAUAAAAGGUUUUAAAGACCAUGUUAAAAAUGGAAAAUAAAGGGGAAUGCUGCACUUC